UUGGGUCCGCCGCUGGGUUCGUAUUUUUAUGCGGCCUACAGUUAUGUUCCCCACGAUCUUCAACAGGUGAUGGAUUCGCCGGAUUCCCUUCACGAGGAUUUUGACGCCCUGAACGACGAGACCUUCGACUGUGCGGAAGCAGGUGACUGGGAGUUAGAACAUGAACAGUUUGCACUCAAGGAAAGUGCAUCAGAGAAUUUGGCGCCAGAAGCAGAUGCGCUUCCAAGGUUUUGGGAAGCCCCUGGAGAUUUUUCCUUCUUGUGGCAACCGAAUGCUCUCGAGACAUUCGAGAACGUCUUUGAAGAUGAAGGAAGAGAGAGGGGGGUGGACGUUGAAGAGACUAUUCAGAAAUUGGUGUCAGAAGAUGAAACCUUUGACGAUCCGGCUAUAUUAGACAUUUCGCGGAAAGUAUGCCGUCAGAAGUCCUAUGGAUCAGCACUAGAGAAAAUUCUCGAUGUCCCAUCUUACCCACCAGCUCACACGAAUAUUCUUGGCACAUGCAAGGACAUAUGGAGUUCGGAUGAGGCCAGCGCACCAAUGGGUGCUACCGUGCGUAAGCGUGAACAAGCAACAAGUUCACGCGACUCACUCAGCCUUAUGGAUAUCUUGCGUCGUCUGGGUAGUUCCGCUUCACCUUCCAAUGAAAAGCAUUCGGAAGAUACUUCUCUUCCUGGAUCUACAAACCUGUUACCGAAGUUGCUUCGGGAGGGUAACAUUCACCGUCAAUCUUUUCCUGUACCAGAGACUCGUGUCAAAUCUGAAGCGGUCGGGGCCAAGUAUUCCAAGAAACCGGUGUCAGUAUCCUGUGCGUUACCCAUUCCCCUGGAUACUGUCGGAUCUAUGAACUCACGCUCGCUUACUGAUAGGCGAGGGCCGCCUUUUAUGCGCCACCCAAUUCACCCAGACCGACCACCCCUUGCUGUUACGCCUCUAAAUUUUCCUGCGAGAUUGCAGCCACCUGUCAGUUGUGCAGUCAUGCCGUCUGUUGCCGAUAACUUUGGAGUGCGCCCUUUGCUGCUGGGCACGUAUUCGGGUUUGCAGAACGAUCUCGGGGCCUCUGCUCUGCAUUUCCUGUUGCUCAACGCGCAAAACAGAACCGCAAAUAUGGUUCGUGAUCCCAGGAUCCUACAGCUUUUCCCGCCACCCAUCACUCCGGGCAUGCGUGUUCCACUGUUACCUUCACCUGCUAUGCGUUUCGCCGGUGGUGGCACACAAACGCAUCCAACUUUAGUCAGACAAACAUCCCAUCCACCUCUUCAAUUUUGUGUUCCGCCGCCGCCACCACCGCCGUCAGGACUCCAUUACGCACCAGCCGUCCGAUCUGUUGUUCGUCCUGCGAAUCCCAUGUGGGUUCAGUACGUGAAGGCUGAUGAAACUAUGGGUGCGGAUGCAGAUUCAAACGAACCGUUUGAUCCUAACGUGGGAAGUUGGAUGACUAGGUUCGAGUCGAUCGGUGUACUUCUCAUGCAUCUGCGGCCUCUGAUAGUAUCCAACCCUUAUGUACAAGACUACUAUUUUGCAGUCCGAUGGCUACGACAAGCAACCGCUGAACGAUCCAGGCAACCAAGAAACGGCCCGCCACUCCCUGGUCAGCUACCUCCUAUAAUGCACAUGCCCAGUCCGUUGUCUCCUGAGAACCUUACGGACAGCGACCAUUUCCACUUUAGUUCGCUCAAGCGUAGGUUUGUUGUUCCGUUGGCCUUAGUACCAGCUCUACGUCAUUCACAGUCGCCGGAUAACACACCGGCAAACGAGGAUCCAGCUGCAUCGAUGAAACGGGAAGCAAGUCCUUCAUCGUCCCUCGUUUCACAACCUUCCGCCAAUGUUGCAGCUGCUGUGGAUACUAGCUCUUCUCUUGGACGUAUGACCAGAUCGAAUGUCCACUGUCCGCGAGUCGUCGUGGAGCUUUCGCUAGCCUCGGCCUUGUCCUCCGGUAGCUGCGAGUCGGAGCUGGUCAGCGAAAAUUCGACGGAAAAUCCGGCAACCAGCAUGACGGAACAAACGGCCUCUACUACUUCGCGGGACUUCGGCUACCAUCCCACAGUUCACGUCAAAUUUGCCAGGAAGCGCCGACUUCUCCUUGCCCGUAUUGAAUGGAUGUACAGCCUCAUUCUUCAUAUCGACGAAGUAGACAUAUCUUUAAUUCGAAUUGUUGUGCAAAAUGAAAUGCGAAAUCGGUUGACCUCCCACCGUCAGCAGCUACUGAAUCAACUGUUAGGAGACUUAUUUCGAUCUAGCGCAUAUCCGACCGGCAAACCGCCCGCAAUGGCGCCCACUUCUGAAAUCACGGAUUCUCACUCGCCCUGGUUAGACAUGUUGGCGAUUCGCAAAGGGAUUCGCCUGAUUGCCUCGGUGCUCCAUCAUCUUCCACCGCUUUUCUCCAACCGGUGCCUGCAAGAAUUCCUGGUACACUUUCACAAAGCCCAUACACUUUUAUCUCCCUUCAUGAAGGAAUGCACAUCUCUGCUCUAUCCGAGCCUUCGUCAUGCCGUAUAUCAAACAACCGAUGUUGAGUCCCUGAUGAGAGUCUGUUUCCCCGAAGUCAUCGAACCAUUGGGUCGUCACCCGGAACCAAGCGAAAGGAUCAAGGCGCUUUUAACCUCCCAGCUUGGACUAUCUUUGGUGUUUUGUCUCCUCGAUAUGUGUGCACGGCUAUCGAAACCGGAGGAUCCCUCAAGUUUUAUUCGAGCAGCGGCCUUUUUUGCUUAUAUGGCAACCAGUCCAUCUCUGGCCGAUUCGGACUCUCCUCGUCCUAUUGAAUCUUUUCCUCAUUUGGCCUCUAUCAUCCCUGUUUAUGUGCGACCGGAAGAUCAUCCACCACUGUCCUCUGAACGGCUGGAGCGAUUUUGCCAGCUUGCUUGUGUGCCGCACUCAGACAAUCGAAACGCAGGUUCAGCUUCGGUGAGAGCACCCACUCUCCAUGCGGCACAAGAUACAAAACCAAAAGAUACAACAGAAACAAGUAGCCAUCUUCAGGUGGAUAGCAAACCACCCAUCAUGAAUGGUGUCCUCUCACAAAAUAUCGCAGUUUCACUCUCAUCUCUGAACUUGACCAAGUCUAAUGAUGGCGGUCCGGCCAGUUCGCCCACCCCAGUUGCUGCGAUGUGACAACCGAACAGGGAUUGCUUUUUUGUUUAUGACAGACGAGCAGGAUUUGGUUAGUUUCACUCCCCUUCUGGCGUGGUUCUGAUUGGAUAACCUCCACGCUAGUUUCAUCGCGGUCUCGCCCGUAUCUCCCGGUUCCUGCUUCAUCUCGGAUUUCACUUCUGUCAUGACGAGUACAUUCAUUCGACUGUAAAGAAGACAUAGCAACAACAAGCAGCGUAGAUUCUAGUGUGACCGUCAUGGCGGUAGUCUUCACUUUCACAUGUCGUUGUUUGCCAGCUUUUUGUUCGAUUUCCCCGUUUUUGCCGCUUUUAUUCGUCCUUCAACUCACACCCCCUGUACACACAAGAUUCUCACGCCUGUCCGUUGAGGACUCAACUGGAUCAGAACCAAAUUUUGUUCGUUCUUUUUAGCAUCUCUAUCUUGUCGAUUGGUGUACUACGGGUAUUGUUUUUAGAAGCUCCUCAUGGUGUUCGACUCUUGAUUUCCUCUUCAGGUCCUUUCCUACUUGACGCCUGUUCACAUCUGGUAGCCGUGUGGGCAUAGCAGCAUUACUUUAGAUCUUUCCAUAUGUGUAGAAAAUUUGUGCGGACUACUUUGGGCUCUUACAAGACCCUCACUCAGCUCAUGCUUGAUUCGAGAUAUUGCGCCC